AUGAAUCAGCCGCCACCACUAAUUAUCGAUGAAAAAUGUGAUCGAGAAAUUAGGCCGUCUGCUUUGGGACACUUUUUAGCGAAACUUGGUUCUCGAAAUAGAAGCAAAAGUCCAAGCAGUGAAUUUGGUUUAAGAAGUAAAACGUUGAUUCCGAAAAAAAAUUCUACAACGGACAAAACAUCAACAGAUUUGGAAUCCGGAUUAUCAGUUAAUGAUAAUGGAUCAAUACCAGCGAAGACAAAAGUAUCAUCAUUUGCUCGAAUAGUUCAUCGAUUAUCAAUGAAUCGUAAACAUGGACGAAACAUUUUUCUUAGACGUAAAUCUGGCGAUUCUGAUCAAGAUUUCGAUAAAAGCCGAGAAACUGUAUGUUCAUCAUCAAUUUGUUCAUCAGAUCCUCUGGUGUCUAAUUUGCCGUCACAUAUAUCAUCUCGUGCUGCAGUUUCCGAGAAUGAUUUGCGUAUUGUGGCGCUUUGUAAAGAACAGGCAGAAAUUAAUUCGUGGUCAUCAACGACAAAUACAUCAUCACGAUCAGAUUAUGAUUUAAAUAAUUAUCGAGUUCCAUCUUAUUUACGAAUUAGUUGUGCUUUAAAUGGUUAUGGGCAAUACAAACAUUUCAAUAAUGUUCAUCGAUCAACGAAAUUACUUCCUUUGGGAAUCGUUGAAAGAAGAAUGCAAAUGUUUAAUGCGAAUCAUCAGGAUCCAUCAUUGAAACCUUCGGAGAAAGUGAAAGAAAUGAAUAAAGUUGUGGAUUCAACGACACCUGUACGACAACUUGUAAAACAUUUCGAUAAACUCAAUAUUGCUAGUGAUAAUUAUCAUUUAGACAAUGCGAAUGUUCCUGAAAAACCACAUAUGUUAACAACACUGUCGAAUGGAGAGAAUGGAUAUGAAAUUAAUACGGAAAAACCUACAGAAUUUCCAAGCACGCCACGAUCUUCCAUUCCAUUGUCGGGACAAAUAUUUAAUGAAGUAUUGGCACAUUCAACACCAAAGGCUAUUUUGUCUUAUUCAUUGCAUUCUGGGUUGAAACAAAAAUUGGUAGAAGAAAAUACACCAAAUCAGAUGAAUCAUCUGCAAGUGUCCAUUGUUAAAACUUCGAAAGAAACGGCGGAUAAAGUAAAUUUUAAUAUAGCUUAUAAGAAAGAAAUGCGCAAUGGUGAAACAUACAAGAAAUUAUUAAACGAUGUGCGUAACGAUCUGGUUAAACGAUCAUUCGAGGCGUACGAAAUUCUUCGAACGAACGAGAGCGAAUUAUCCGAGUAUGCGGCAGAUUUAUUACGUCUAGCAGCAGGCAAAACGAAUCUUCUUCUCAAAAAAAAGAUUGAAAAAUUUGACGAACUCAUUGAGAAUAAUUUGAAUCCUAUUAAUGGCGAUACUCAGUCAACGACAACCGAUGAUCUUUCUGGUUACUGGGCUUUAAUUCAAAUUGAAAUGUCAGAUUUAUAUCGACUUUUCAGAAAAAUUGAAAAAUGUCAAGAAAUUGGUUGGAAACAACCAACUACACCAGAAAAUGAAGAAAGAUCAUUUAUUAAAUCAGAUUUGUUCGCCGAAAAUAAGCAAAAUCAUCGAAUAUCGAAAGGAAAAGAGAAAACAGUUGUAGGAAGAGAAAUGACGGAAAAAUCAACCGUAGCCGAAAAAAGACGUAAAGCAAUCGCUGAAGCAAAGCGAAAACAAAAGGAAUUAAUACAAAAGAAUAAUGCGAUAAACGAAAAAGAAACGUCGUUAAAAAUGGAAAUGCGAAUGAAUUUAAGCAAUAAGAACGAUUUGAUGGAUGAUCGAUGGUUCAGAAAUUUUUGGGAACAUUAUGAAAGGUCAUCAGCAUGGCUUCGAUCUUCGUCGCAAGCAGUUCAGAGGUUAAAAUUGAAUCGGAGUUGUAAACGUCCGGAAGAACCGUUUAGCCGUUUGUCAUCGCCUUUGGUGCUGUCGUCUGUUUAUGGAAGUAAUCAGUUCGAAAUGGGUAGUCGUGGCUCAUAUUCGGUUAAAACGAAGGAAAUUUCUUCAUCAGAGAAAGCAGAAACGGAUGUUGAUGACGACGCUGAUGAAGAAUUGACUCCUGAAAUGGCCGAUUUUUUCAAAAAAACUUUAGAACAUCGAGAAAAAAGAGAUGCUGAACGAAAAGUUGGGAGAAAUUCAAAGCAUAAGAGAGCUUGGUUAGAUAAUAUCGAAGAUGAAUAUAUAAUGGCUGAUGAAAUGUUAGCCGAUAAUGUUGGAAGAAAAAGAACAACAGAAGCACCAAAUGUGGAUGAAGAAAAUCGAAAAAAGUGGCAAGAAAUGGAAAAAUUUUAUGGUAAAGGUGCUAAAAAAAUUAGUGCAUUACAAACUACAUUAGAAUUGAAUUUUCAUAAUCAUUAUUCGACUAAUAAUGCGCAGUUGUGGCCAAGAGCUUUGCAAGUUGCUUAA